AUGACUGAGCCUCAACCUCGAAAAUACCUUACUCGUUCGAGAGCAAAGGCAGAAGCCAAACCCGCUGAGAGUAAGCAACCAGGGAAGUCCCAAAGGACAUCCGAGAAACGGAAAGCUCUCGUGGAGGCCGCCAGCUCCAAUGAAUCCGAGCCACCGAUUAGGGCCACAAGAGCCUCCAAGAGGACUGUAAAGACGCAGGAUCCAGCUCCCCCACCAGCUCGCGGGGUGAAGGCUGCUCCGAAGCGCAAGUCUGAGAAAACCGCUUCCACCGCUGGGAAGAAACCCACUACAGCUGCAGCUAAAGCAUCGAAAAAGGUGGCGUUUGUAGCUAGCCCUCAGAAAUUCCUCGAGAACAAAGAAAAUCUCAUUCCCGUGCAGAAAAGCGGCCAUCUCGACACCGACGAACUCAUGUCAACAUCAAUGGGCGCAUUGUCGGUCAAGCCUAUUCGGGUGCCCGCCACCAAACUCCGGUUGCCAACUGUGACCCCCUCCACAGUUAUCCUUGAUCCAAUACCUGCCUUGUCUCCCUCCAAGGCUCGACGAGCCCCUAUUAGGGAUCUAAAACUUCCGGACGACGGAUCGGAAGAUGAACUGUCAAGUCCGCAUCAUCCAAAGCUUACAGCUAAGCCCAAACGUGUUGGCAGAACUACAACCAAACCCGUUGGCAUGGAUUCAAACGAGAACAAACCUCUUGAUAUCUCUGCUUCUUUGAUCUCUUCCCCGGCAAGGAGACCGCCCUCGUCGCCGUUCCGGCCCAGAAAAGGCAGCCUCCUAACUAAAACAUUGGAGCCAUCCGGAUUGCCUGGCUCAGUCUUGGCAUCACCGGCCAGACGCCCUGUUCCUGGAGCGAUCCCUGGUUUCAGAGCUAGUCCGAUCAAAGGCAGCUUCAAGCUCGAGCCUUUCAUUGACCUUAGUGCGAUUGACUACCAGCCGCCAUCAAAGCCCGGAACCCAAAAUCUCCCAAAGAGAGUCAAAGUCGGAAACUACGUGAAAGUAGAUAGCGAUCAGGAUGAGCUGGAAAUGGACAUCGAGACGAACUUAUUGAGUCGCAAGACUCCACGUGUUGUCAAAAUCAAAUUGUUUGAUUCCAAGGACCCUGAACAGGCAAUGAUGUUCCAGUCUGAAGAUUCUUCUGCCCUUUUUGACGAGAUUAUGUCGCCGGCAAAGAAGGGGCCUAGGCCCCUGGAAGCCAAGUCCUUGGACAAGAUGUUCGAGGAAAUUGAGUCGGAAAGGAAGGCAGUAUUCUCAGUGGCAAUGGCAAAGGCUUCUACCCCUCCCCCUACACCUCCACGAGGAUUUGAUUUUGAGAACUUGUUUGGGUCGAGCAAUACAUCUCCUGCCCCUCUUCACAAAAACGCUCCCAGACUCCAGGAGGCGCCAGAACCGGAGAUCGAUUUUGAAGGGGAUACUACGAUGGGAAAUUCGGAGGAUAACACGGAGACUAUCCUUAAAAAGGAGCUCUCACUCACUCCUUCGCGAGCGCCAUCAUGUAACAGGAAGGGCAGAGGGCCGAGUCAGAGUGGAAGUAGUUAUGGGUUCUUCGAUCUUGAGGAUGAUGAUGAGCCUCUUGGUGAUAAUACCGGAGAGUCUUUCUCUCCUGACAGAUCCGUCCGCUCCCCUAACGUUAAGAGCGUCCCUUCCAUAGAUUUGACGAUGCAGCCAGAGCCCGAGAGAAGAACCUUAUUCCCCGAAGCUCAACAAUCGCAGAGCAGCGAAGUAGGACAUGAUCUCGACUGGAAUCCAUCAAAGCCCAACACUAGCAUAGACAACAUCUUUGGCAUUCCUAUCGACCCCGAACUCCUCUUAACGCAAGAAGAAUUCCUCGGAAUCGUCGAAAGUCAUGUCCGCAAGACCACAAUCCCAGUCAACCUUCCCCCAGAAGACAGUGAAGGCGAGGGCUCAGAGAUGGAAAUUGAAGACCAAGAAAACUUCCAUCCUACCCCCCAUUCCUCAAACAUCCAGCGGGAUCCAUCUCCCACGGUCCGCAGCUCGCCACCUGCAGCGUCAAACCACUAUGCCCGCCGCAACAGCGGCAUGGUGAGUCAGAUGGGUGUUCUCGCCGGCGCAGUUGUAUUCGUAGAUGUAUACACUGCCGAAGGUGCCGAUGCAUCAGGACCGUAUGAAAAUACUCUCCGCGGUCUCGGAGCUCGAGUUCUGAAGUCAUGGAAUUGGAACCCAGACGGUGGGAACAAGGACAAGAUCGGAAUCACACACGUAGUGUUUAAAGAAGGCAGUCCACGCACUCUCCAGAAGGUCAAGGACAGCAAAGGCGUUGUCGUAUGUGUCGGCGUCGGCUGGGUUAUCCAGUGCCAGAACGAACAAGAGUGGAUGGAUGAGAGCCAAUUCGCUGUUGACUUGGAUAUAAUUCCGCGAGGUGGACAUAGGGUCUGUUUUGCCAUCCUCACUAGAUACUGUUACUAUGGAUGCUAACUCUAUCGCAGCGCCGUAAGUCCAUGGAGCCGAAAGCCCUUGCAGCGCUCCUCGAGCCGAAGACUCCACAGCCUCCGAAGGACAAUAUAUUCUCGCCCUCGUCGCGUGUUCCUGCGCAGACUGAACCAAAGAAUCCAUUCUUGGCAAAGAACCUACUCAUCGCGCGGAGAAAGAGUAUGCAAUUCUUGCCCAAGGUUGGAAGUCCACUCUCUAGGAAGCCGUUGUCCGUGGAGUACUAG